GCACCAGAUGUUAUUUUGAGGGUGGUCAUACAGAGGAACUGCCCCAGGGGGAUGUCACUGCCCAGGAGAGGUCCUCAGCAUCCAUGUCAACAACAGUGAAUAAGAAACCACAUGAGAGCCUGAGUAUUCCAAGGGGCUCUGGAUUUAUAAAUAAUGCAUUUCCUUUGUCUUGCAGGAGUUCUGGAGGCAGAGGUACAAUCAGAUCAGCUGUGAACAGCUUACAUAGCAAAUCUAAUAGAGCUGAAGUAGUAAUAAAUGACUCUUCAUCUCCAGCUGUUGUUGACAGAAGUAAUGAAAGCAUUAAGCACAACAUUAAACCAGCCUCAUCCAAAUGGAGACACAACCAGACACUCUCUUUGAAGAUCAGGAAACAGAUCUUGAAGUUCCUGGAUGCAGAGAAGGACAUUUCAGUGCUGAAGGGGACGCUGAAGCCAGGGGACAUCAUCCACUACGUCUUUGACAGGGACAGCACCAUGAACGUGUCACAGAACCUGUACGAGCUGCUGCCCCGCACAUCUCCCCUCAAGGGCAAACAGUUCCCCACCUGUGCCAUUGUGGGCAACUCAGGGGUCCUGCUCAGCAGUGGCUGUGGCCCUGAGAUCGACGCACACAGCUUCGUCAUAAGGUGCAAUCUGGCCCCUGUCCAGGAGUACUCACAGGAUGUGGGCAUGAAGACAGACCUGGUGACUAUGAACCCCUCAGUCAUCCAACGCGCCUUCGAGGACCUGGUCAAUGAGACUUGGAGGGAGAAGCUGCUGCAACGUCUCCACAGCCUCAACGGCAGCAUCCUCUGGAUCCCGGCGUUCAUGGCCAAGGGGGGCAAGGAGCGAGUGGAGUGGGUGAACGAGCUCAUCCUGAAGCAUCACAUCAACGUCAGGACUGCCUACCCCUCGCUGCGCCUCCUGCACGCUGUGCGAGGGUACUGGCUAACCAACAAGGUGCACAUCAAGCGACCCACCACUGGCCUCCUCAUGUACACCUUAGCCACUCGUUUCUGCAACCAGAUCUAUCUCUAUGGCUUCUGGCCCUUUCCUCUGGACCAGAACCAGAACCCGGUCAAGUACCACUACUAUGACAGCCUGAAGUAUGGCUACACCUCACAGGCCAGCCCACACACCAUGCCCUUGGAGUUCAAAGCCUUAAAGACGCUGCACCAGCAAGGAGCCUUGAAGCUGACUGUGGGGGAGUGCGAUGGGGCCACGUAGGGUGGUCCCCAGCUGCGUUCCUGCACAGCCACAGGAGGAAGGGGAAGGGGCAGAAAGGACAAGUGGUGCCUGGUGGGGUUGGUUGUCUUUGUUAACGUGCAGAACAGCGACACAAAUAUAUAUACGUGGUACC